UAGCUAGCAGCAACCCGGCCACCACGACCACAUCUACUUAUCGCACAACAAGCCAACGCAGGACAGGAGAGCUAGCUUGGCCGCGCGAGAGAUGGAGAAGCAGGCGGCGGCACAGGCGCAGGCGCAGGAGCAGGAGCAGGAGCAGUGGCAGGGCGCGGUGGAGGCGACUCUGCCGUCGACGCCAGCGUCCGCGGCGUGGCCGCACAUCGCCAGCUUCUGCGCGCUGCACCGGUACCUCGCGAGCAUCGACGUGUGCGAGCUCGCGGAAGGGGAGGACGGCCGGCCCGGGUGCGUCCGCUACGUGGCCUCCCUGGCGCCGGGCACCACCACGGGGGAGAUCGGCAUCUGGGCGACGGAGAAGCUGCUGGAGAUCGACCACGACGCCCGGCGGCUCGCGUACGCCGUCGUCGGCAGCAGCUUGGGGUUCGGCAGAUACGUCGCUACUAUGAGCAUCGUCGCUGCUGACGACGAGGACGACGCGGGGUGCAGGCUGGUGUGGGCGUUCGAGUGCGACCCCGUGCAGGGGUGGAGCCGGGAUGGGAUGCUCGCCUACCUCGACGCCGGCGUCAAGGGCAUCGCCGCGCGGAUCGAGGAAGCCCAUGCCGCCGCCGCCAGCGCCAGGCCGGAGGAGACGGCGGCGUCGCUGCUUGACAACUCCAUCUGCGGGCGGGUGGAAUCUCAACAGUCGCCAGAUGCAUUUCUAUAUUGAAUUGUUAUUACGUCGUCAAACUAAUUAAUGCAUUGUUAAUUGCUACUAGCUUGCUUGUUUGUCUCUCCUUCAUUGUCUACCGGCCGGAUUUGUAUGUAUAUGUAUGUCGCGUCGCGUCAGAGUGUCAGCUGAAUGCAUGUACGAAUUAACGUGAAAGGGACUGUGCUUGUUGGCUCAUGCUUGUUUUUA